AUGGAAUUGGACGAGCACUACUACCAGGGCAACCCGAGACAAUUCGUGUUGCUAUCAAUCAGAAAGUCUGAACGGUCCGAGACUGAGACUGAGAAAAGAGCUUGUUUGGCUGGUGGACGUGUCGUGUACCUGGCCUGGUCGUCGCAACCCAACCCAACUGGCGCGACCAACUUCCAGCCUCCAGCAAGCAGGUCGCAUCCAAUUGGAUCCAAGUGCAUCGAGGAGGAGGACCGCCUCGCAGAGAGGAGGAAGCCGAAGAGCAGCAACCUGAAGGUGGGAGAACCUGAGGUUCAAGGUACCUCAACUUCAGCUCCUGGUCCCCCCUUCCAGCCCAAGGUGCUGCACCUUCUCACUCCCAGGUUUUUGUACCUUCCUUUGGAGUGUCCUACGCCUCCCAACUGGCGCAACCUCUUCUCUCACACACACUCUCUCUCACCUCUCACCUCACACCUCACUCUUAUCCUUACUCCAAACUACUGCGGCCUUUCUUCCUCUCACUUCGACCACCAAAAAUCUCACAUCUUCAGCAUCGCCAUCUUCGCCAAUUUCAACAUCUUCACUGCACGCACAGUGAGGUGGCUCCAGUCUCACUCUUAUCCGUUCGAAUUACGCUUCUUCCAAUCUAUCCGUCCAAUUCCGCCCACGCUGCCAAAGCGCAUUACCUCCGGCUUAGCACCUUUCUCUUCUUUCUUGGACUCCAUUUCUCUGGACCCUCACUUCUCCGCCUUCAAUUCGUCUCUGCUGAGCAGUAGCAACUUGCUCAUACAGACCGCCUUCGACAAUAUUUUUGGGUGUGGUAUCAGGACCCCAUUAUCAAGAUACCACCCUACCGAAUCCUCCUCAACACCACCCACACUACCUCAUUUCUCAGUUCCGAAUCACCACCAAGGUGGUGAUAAUUCCGACUUGUCUACCCCAACAGGUCAGAGCAGUGACCUGGGCAACAUUGUCAAGUUGACAGACCAAACUCCCCCCACGCCUUCUAACGACCGUCACGAAAUUCACGAAAUCACGACCCCUUCUGCGCAGCGCCAGCAGCAGCGGAGGCAAGCGCGAAACAUUACCCCAGAUCCAGUCGCUGAGAGACCAACCACUCCAGCUUCGUCCCAACUCUCACACCGCACCCUUCGACGUACUUCGCGAUCCGUUGCGACCCCAAGUCCUACACCGCAGUCUGCCCGCCAGGUCCACAUUGAGGCCGCAUCAGUAGGUUUCAGUCCCAAACCACAGGUUGCGACCGCGCCUGCGCCUGCGCCCACGCCAACACUUGCGCCUGCCCCGACUUUUAAUUACGAUUACCCUCGAACCGUCGCUCCCCUCGAUCGACAAAAUUCACGUGCGCGAAGAGUUCUCUCACAGGAUCUGAGCGAGGACUUUGACGAAGAGUCCUCCGACGAAGCUCUGUUAUUCCGAGACCCAACAUCAACGUCUUCUCAUACCCGACGCGAGUCUCACCGACCCCAUCGCGUUUCCAGAAACACUCGCAGUGCCAUCCUCUUCGCUCUUGAGGAGGCGCUUCGGCAACCUAACCUGUUCACGCCCGACGAGAUAGAAGAAGGCGCAUCAAUGGCUGACCUGAUCGGAGGCGGCACUGCCGCUUCCAACGGUAAUGCCUCGGCUUCCACUCGCCAGCGCACCACUGGCGCCCCUAACCCUACCAGCUCGCCUUCUGGAAUUCGUGGUCCUAGAAUGAUCAUGCAGGAGCGCGCUGCUAGAGAGGCAGCCCGUCAGAGAGCCGAACAGGAACAGAUGCAGUUGGAGAGACAGCGAGCCGAGCAGGAAGCUCGCCUAUUGGAGGAGACGCAGAGACGGAAUGCGGAGCGCCGAGCUGCCACCGCCGCUACUGGCGCUGCCGGAGGAGGAACAGCUGGUGGCGCCGCCAACGUGCCCCAGCAGGACCCCACCUCUCACCGGCGACCCGUAGCCACCGAUACCCCACAAACCCGAACCAACCCGGGAGGAAGUUCCCGCCAGCCCACAACGACUCAGCCGCAGACUCGACACGGUCGAGCGGCGUCGACGUCUCAGCCCGGCCAGCAACCCUACAGCACAGCCCCUCAGGCCAGCACCACUCAACAGCAUGCUAACACCUCUGUUCAAGGAGCCCAGGAGUCUGGCGCUACGGGAUCGAGACCCAGAAACUCAUUUCCCCACGCGUUUGAGCGUUGGGAAACCUUAUCGGCUCAUUGGGAGGGUCUCACCAGCUUCUGGAUUCGACGACUUGAACAGAACAACCAGGACAUUGAGCGUGAUCCUGUCAACCAAGCGCUCUCUCGCCAGGUCACCGAUCUUACUGCGGCCGGUGCCAACCUUUUCCACGCCGUCGUCGAGUUGCAGCGCCUCCGCGCUAGUUCUGAACGCAAGUUCCAGCGAUGGUUCUUCGAGACCCGGGCUGAGCUGGAGCGUGCUCAGGAGGUCAACGCCAUGUUGGAGUCGGCCCUUGACGAGGAGAGACGUGCUAGAGAGAAUGCUGUUCAGGCAGCUAUCCAGAAGGAGCGUCAGCACUCCGCCAACGAUGAACGCGUCAGGGAGAUGAAGAAGGAGCUCCAGAUCUCCAAAGAAGAGGCCCGCCGCGCUUGGGAGGAGCUUGGUCGCCGCGAACAUGAAGAACGCGAACGGACCCAGUCUCUGCAGAGCGGUCAGCCUACCAUCCUCGGCGGCGUCCAGGUCGUCCCGAUGACGCAGGGUGUUCCCAGUCGCCAUGGCAGCUCCCGUGAGCAAUACGGCGGCCAGCAGGCCGGCUACGCUGGCGAUUAUUCUCAAGCCCCUGGUGGUCAAUCCAUUCCCGCCACGUCCAGCAACCUCUAUCCAUCCGGCGAUCCAGGUCAGGAAGGCGUUACUUACACGGGUGCUGGUUCCGAGGGUGGAUACUCUGAAGGUGAGUACACUAUCGAUGCGCAAGGCCACUUCGUUCGCGAUUCCCAGGGAAAUAAGGUUCCCUUCAUUGCUCCACCUUCCCCAGUUUCUGACGAAGGUAUAGAAGAGUAUGAAACCCCAGCGACGAACCCUCCCAGUGCCGGUUACCUGCAGACCCCCACCACGUCUGCUGGAGAACAGCAGCAGGGAACAGCCCAAGACUAUUCCGGCUCGGGCUAUGCUGCUCCAGGUUGGGAGACCGUCCCCAGGCAUCAUCACCCGACCCGCCUGAGCGAUGUCAUGGAAGAGGAUGAGCGCAGCCGCGCCAGCAACACCUCGAUCCUCGAAGUGCUUACGCGACUCACAUCGUCCCUGAAGAAAAUAAGGGCGCCAGAGCCCGUUUUACCACUUGCGCUCUACUUGAUGGCACGCACACAUUACAUCCUUGCCAAUGGCGACUUUGACGAUUCACGCGUCAUAGCAACCUAUCGGCCAGGCAGACUUCACGGGCGUUUCGCAAUAUGGCCUGAUUCGUCCCUCAUCGUUGGCACAGAACUAGAAGAACGCACCUGUGGCAGAUACGGACUGUCCGUCUAG